GUUUCCUGGACUACAGAUGCUAAAUCUGAGAAAAGAAAUAGAUCUUCAUUAGACGCCAAUGGUUCCAUGAUGACCAAUCAGAUGCAAAUGAGAAGAACAGUGAGGGACAAGAUGGUGGUCUGUGGUCAAACCUUUGGAGCUCAUCUUCAGCUUUUGGAGAAAAUUCAGACGUCCAGGUUAAAUCUGAUGAAGGGAAACGAUGAAGAAAGCUGCAUCACCAUCGUUUUCUGUCCUGUUGGAUCUCAACCAAGAACUGAUGCUGAAGCAGCCAUGAGGACGGUUCCAGGAUUUGUCAGCUGGUCCAUUGAUCGCAUUGUCUGUUAUCUUCUGAUAAUCCUAGUAACAAUGAAGUACGAGAUGGUGGUCUGUGGUGAAACCUUUGGAGCUCAUCUUCAGCUUUUAGACCAAAUUCAGACUUCAGGAUUAAAUCUGAUUGAGAUCAAUGAUGAAGAAAGCUGCAUCACCUUCCUUUUCUGUCCUGUUACAUCUCGGAUUGGAACAGACGCUGAAGCAGCCAUGAAGAAUGUCAAAGGUGGUGAUCCAGUCAUUCUGGUCUUCAUGCAUUACUCUCAAGAACGCAGAGACAUUUCCUCUUCAGAAGUCUUCUCUAGUCUCUCUGAUGUUUUCUCUGAGGUCCAUGUUUUCUAUGAUAGAAAGAACGGUUUGUUGAGCUGUGAACAAAAUGAAAAAGCUGUCAAUGAGUUAAAGGAAAAACUAAUGAAGCUCCACAGACAAAGCUGCAGCUGUGCUAUUCUUUAAUAAAGUCUGCUGCGUUGUUAGCUUUGGUUGUGCAGUUAGUUUUCGUAAAAAGGUAAGGCUAGUUUAAAUGUUUUUAUCAAUGGUACAAACACGAUUCCAGUAGCGGUUUUAGGCACGAGCGGUACGGGCAGCUGCAGGGGCACCAACUCGAAGGGGGCGGCAGCUCAGCGCUGGGAGGGAAAAAAAUCUGCACCGCUUUGGGUUUCUGUUACCUGUCAUAGCUCAAUGUUUUGAACCGCCUAAAACCAGUGAAUUGGCGCCCCCUGCAGGUGCAUUUGCUGAGAAUACGCCGACAGUGUGAAGAGAGAGGGAGGGGUGGAGGUUUCCCAAAUUAAGAAGAUGGUCUACUUUGGUAUAAACUUUCUAUUUUUUAAAGUCAGUCAUAACAUGACAUUCUAUAACCCACAGUUACUCUAAAUUAAAAACCGCCUAACGUGGGUAAUAUCAAAGUUCUCUUCAAUAUUAAUUUUUUUCUUUCAGUUUUGUCCAUAUUUACAUGUUUUCAAUAAACAAUGAACAUGUUUACGUGCUGUUUGGUUAUUUCCAGUAUUGUAGAAGUAUUUUAUUGUGUACUCCAUUACAUUUAACCAGGACUG